GCCGGGAGAGCUCUCAUUUCCUCCCAGCCUCGUGUGGGAAAUGGCUUUAAUUCUGACGGCGGGGCUGUGAGAAACUAGCGGGAACCCGAGCCUUUUGUCAAGGAACUGCGGCGUCCGUGGCCAGUCAUCCCCGCCGCCGCGGAGCCGCUGCACUGCUGGGUGAUCUCCCAGCAGCUCUGACGAGCGCGGGCUGCAGCAUGGGCAGAAAACGCUGCUCUGCAGAUUAGCUGGGUGGAUUUUUUAAGCGCAACUCCCCCGCCCCCAAACCCAUAAAAUAACAAAACCAACCCGCAGUGGCCGACCGGAGAGAUCUAAGAUGCCGCUCAGGAGUUUCCACCUGGAUGUUUGAGGUUGUGUAGAUGUGGCCGGCACCCUUGAGAGUGGAGCUGGGGGGUACAGACUGAGCACUGAACGGAAGGAGACUUGGACAGGGCUGGGCCAGCCUCCCGGGUUCCAGGAGCGAAUUGCAAACCCACCGGGAAAAUGAGCGAAGAGACGGUCCCCGAGGCUGCCUCGCCGCCGCCCCCGCAGGGGCAGCCUUACUUUGACCGCUUCUCAGAGGACGACCCCGAGUACAUGCGUCUUCGCAACCAGGCAGCGGACCUGCGGCAGGACUUCAACCUAAUGGAGCAGAAGAAGCGCGUAACCAUGAUCCUGCAGAGUCCUUCUUUCAGGGAGGAGCUCGAAGGCCUCAUCCAGGAGCAGAUGAAGAAGGGGAACAACUCCUCCAACAUCUGGGCCCUGCGGCAGAUCGCGGACUUCAUGGCCAGCACCUCCCACGCAGUCUUCCCAACAUCUUCCAUGAAUGUCUCCAUGAUGACACCCAUUAAUGACCUCCACACGGCUGACUCCCUGAACCUGGCCAAAGGGGAGCGGCUCAUGCGGUGCAAGAUCAGCAGUGUCUACCGACUCCUGGACCUCUAUGGCUGGGCCCAGCUGAGCGACACCUAUGUCACGUUGAGAGUCAGCAAGGAGCAGGACCACUUCCUGAUCAGCCCUAAGGGAGUUUCUUGCAGUGAAGUCACAGCGUCCAGCCUGAUUAAGGUGAACAUUCUGGGAGAGGUGGUGGAGAAGGGCAGCAGCUGCUUCCCAGUGGACACCACGGGCUUCUGUCUGCACUCGGCCAUCUAUGCAGCUAGGCCUGAUGUGCGCUGCAUCAUCCACCUGCACACACCGGCCACAGCAGCGGUGUCAGCCAUGAAGUGGGGCCUCCUGCCUGUCUCCCACAACGCCCUGCUGGUGGGGGACAUGGCCUAUUACGACUUCAAUGGGGAAAUGGAGCAGGAAGCCGAUCGGAUCAACCUGCAGAAGUGCCUUGGACCCACCUGCAAGAUCCUGGUGCUAAGAAACCAUGGAGUGGUUGCUCUGGGUGACACCGUAGAGGAAGCAUUUUACAAGGUCUUCCACCUGCAGGCUGCAUGUGAGAUACAGGUGUCGGCUCUGUCCAGUGCCGGGGGAGUGGAGAACCUCAUCCUCCUGGAGCAGGAGAAGCACCGGCCCCAUGAGGUGGGCUCUGUGCAGUGGGCCGGGAGCACCUUUGGGCCUAUGCAGAAGAGCCGGCUGGGGGAGCACGAGUUUGAGGCCCUCAUGAGGAUGCUGGACAACCUGGGCUACAGAACAGGCUACACGUACCGCCACCCCUUUGUUCAAGAGAAAACCAAACACAAAAGUGAGGUGGAGAUUCCAGCCACGGUCACAGCCUUCGUGUUUGAGGAGGAUGGUGCCCCAGUGCCCGCCCUGCGACAGCAUGCCCAGAAGCAGCAGAAGGAGAAGACCCGCUGGCUCAACACGCCCAACACCUACCUGCGGGUCAAUGUGGCUGAUGAGGUCCAGAGGAGCAUGGGCAGCCCCCGACCCAAGACCACGUGGAUGAAGGCUGACGAGGUGGAGAAAUCCAGCAGUGGCAUGCCAAUUCGCAUCGAAAACCCAAACCAAUUUGUGCCUCUCUAUACCGACCCCCAGGAAGUGCUGGAGAUGAGGAACAAGAUUCGAGAACAAAACCGACAAGAUGUGAAGUCAGCGGGACCUCAGUCCCAGCUCCUGGCGAGUGUCAUUGCCGAGAAGAGCCGAAGCCCGUCUACAGAGAGCCAGCUGAUGUCCAAGGGCGACGAGGAUACCAAAGAUGAUUCAGAGGAGACGGUGCCCAACCCCUUCAGCCAACUCACUGACCAGGAGUUGGAGGAGUACAAGAAAGAGGUGGAGAGGAAGAAACUGGAACUUGAUGGAGAGAAAGAAACUGCCCCAGAAGAGCCUGGCUCACCUGCAAAGUCUGCACCUGCUUCUCCGGUGCAGAGCCCAGCGAAGGAGGCAGAGACAAAGAGCCCUUUAGUCUCUCCUUCCAAGUCUUUAGAGGAAGGUACUAAGAAGACAGAAACAAGCAAAGCCGCCACCACAGAGCCCGAAACAACCCAGCCGGAAGGGGUAGUGGUCAACGGGAGGGAGGAGGAGCAGACGGCAGAGGAAAUCCUCAGCAAAGGCCUGAGCCAGAUGACCACCAGUGCUGACACAGAUGUUGAUACCUCUAAGGACAAAACCGAGUCGGUCACCAGCGGCCCCAUGUCCCCAGAGGGCUCACCUUCCAAGUCUCCCUCAAAGAAGAAAAAGAAAUUCCGAACCCCCUCCUUUCUGAAAAAGAGCAAAAAGAAGGAGAAAGUGGAGUCCUGAUUCACGACACUCACGGGCUCCCUCCUGCCUCCUCUCUCUCCUCCCCUUCCCUUCUCCCAUCCCUGUCCCUGCAAGCACAGGGCCAAGGAGGGAUAGAGUAGGACCCUGGACCACACUCGGAAGGGGAACUUAGAGAUCGCCCGACCAACCCUUCGUUUUACAGUUGCCCCAGAGAAAUCAGGUGACUUGCCAAAGGUCACACAGCUAGUUAGCGGCAGAGCCUGCACUCGAAUUCAGGUCUCCUGACUUCCAGUCCAGUGCUCCUUCUGCUACACAACACUGCCUAGUUGUGGGCCACCUUUGUUUAGAUGCUGCCCACCAAUCUGAGCCUAGGGCAAGAAGGCCAGAAAUGGGCCGUGAUCUCUCACAGGCACAGACUGAAUCAGACAGGUCGAGGCUUCCCCUGAGUAAGGUCCAUUUCUUCGCAGGAAUCCAAUCUCCUGCAGAUGGAGCUAUCUCUACAUUUAAAAAUCUCUUCUCUUUUCCACUUUGGGUCCCUGCCCUGCUGCUCAAAGCAACCAGCCAAAUUGACCCCUCCAACAGAAAGUAAUAUUUGUUCCCAAGGGCUAAUGGCUUAGCUUGUACUUCCCCAAACAUUAACCCUGAGCUUUCUUCAUGGAACCUCUUGAAUGAUGGAUGGAAGAGCUGUAAGAGAUGGCAGGCAUAAGGGCAAGCCAUGUAAGCUGAGGACUGGGGAUGGUUUCAUCAACAUACAAGGCCAGGAACCUGACCCGUUUGUAUGGUGCGUCUCAGGCACUUCAAAACUAAAACCAAAUUUAGCAUAGGAAAAAGUUGUUUAAUGCUCAGGGUAGAAAUUUGGGGAAGUUGAAAUCCUCUGUUGGCUUUGGGUUGUAUAAGGAGGAUCAAAACAACAGAGGGAAUGCUAUGACUUUCUAGCUUUGCAUGACACCUGGAGCAGUGUACUGUACCUGCCUCACUCCUGUCCAGCAGUAAGGUGUCCUCUGACCUUCCCUCACCCCCAGAAACACUUGCUUACAGACCGAAACUGGCAUCUUACUCUUGGCACCUUGAUUUGCACCCUCUGAGGUUCCAAUUCUGAGUCACUCUAGGUCCAGCAGAGGAGAAUCAGAAAUGAGCCCUUCAGGAUUAAUCUUCUUGCACCAGCUCUCGGAGAAAUGCUGGGUCCCUGUCCCUGUCCCUAUCUGUCCAUCCUGGGGCCUGGUAAUGGCCACAGUUAUCGUUUUAAAUGCCACCACUCUCUUCUCAUGUUCUUCCAUGGGGCAUUGAUUAAUGAGCAUUGUUGGCUCCUAAAAAUUAGACAAUCCAUUCUCUUAAAAGCACAGUGUCUUGAAAGAAUAUUUUUCCUUUUCAUCUGA